AUGACAGAUUUCUUAGAACAGGUUGUACAUCCGGACUUCUCAUCAGAAGAUGUGGCAAAUGUAUUUUCUAACAAACCCUUGGGCAAUACAUCUAAUGAACCCAAGGAUAUAAAUCAGGCAUUCUUUGCAAUACAAAAGCUAUAUCAAAUGCAAUUAAGGGGGUUUUGGGAACUAGCCAGUCUGAGACACUAUAUUGAACAAAAACUAGUACCCAGAGGCCUCAGACCAGAUAUUCUAUUACCUGACAAAGUCAAGACGGAGGAGCAGCUAGCAGAAUGGAAUUCCAUUCUUCUGGAAUGCUCGGCCAAAAUUAUGCAUUUCUUAAUUCAGUUGGAACAACAAAGCCUAGAGAAAACCAAUGAGGAAUUAGAUAUUGAAAUAAAGAAAAUUAGAACCUUUGACAAAGAACCAAGCUUUUCAGCCAUGGAGAACAAGCUAAGCAAAAACUUAGAGAACUUUAAAAGAAACAUCAGACAGAAAAAACACUACAAAUUUCAAAGGGACUAUAGGGACUUUCAGGAAGGCAAUGUCUUUAAAAAUAAAAAUAAAAGGAGGUUUAAUACUAAUAAAACACAUACCAAAGGUUUUUCUUCAUCAGAUGAGACCGAGUGGUCAGAAUCAGAAUCUAGACCUCGUUACCUAAAGAGGCAGAAUACCCGUGUCACUCAGCAUACACCCUCAGGGCAGACCAAAGGUAUUCUGAGAAACACAGAUAGAAAUAUAACAUUCAUGGACCCCCCAGUGGAUCCUACUGUCAUUACAAACCCAAGACAUGAAUCCACUGCAGGACCUACCCAAUCACCACUGACUUUUUUAGAUCAGGAUUGGCCGCAACCACAAAGGGAGAGACUAAGAGACAGGAACAGAUGGGGUUACAAAACACAGAAGCCCAACUUCCAAUAG